GGGAAACAAAGAAAGCGGAACCAAUGUGCGGGUAUCAGUACACCACGGUGCCCAGGUGAUGGACUCCUUCCUCCUCUUUGGAGACGAGGAUGGCGGUUUGUUUUCUCACUCACUGAUGCCGUAAUUCUGCUUUCCAGGGUUUUGCCUAUGAGGGUUAAGUAGUGAACCCCUAUCAAGAAACAUCAUUUGUUACCCCAGUUACUCAAUUUGAAACCACCCCCUUGGGGCAGACGUCAAACUGGCGUCCGGAGCAGGAAAGAAGGAGAAAGAGGAAGAGGAGGAGCCUGCAGCAGUGAAGGAGGAGGAGGAGGAGCCUGCAGCAGUGAAGGAAGAGGAGGAGCCUGCAGCAGUGAAGGAAGAGGAAGAGCAGCAGCAUGCAUCAGUGAAGGAGGAAGAUGAGGAGGAGCUUGCAGCGGUGAAGGAGGAAGAGGAGGAGGAGCAGCCUGCGGCAGUGAAUGAGGAAGAGGAGGAGCCUGCAGCAGUGAAAAAGGAAGAGGAGGAGUAUGUGGUGGAGAAGGUUUUGGACCGCAGAAUGAUGAAGGGAAGAGUAGAGUUUCUGCUAAAAUGGAAGGGGCUCUCAGAUGAGGAUAACACAUGGGACCCACAAGACAACCUGGACCUUGACCUUAUCACCGAGUACCUGCAGAAACACGAGGAGGAGGAGGAAGAGAUGAAGGAGGGCAAGAGGAAAGGUGUGAGGGAGGCCUCAGGAGACUCAGAGGAGCGAGGGAGCAAGAGGAAGAAGGAGGAGACACAGAGAAGAGGAGAGGGAUCAAAACGUCACCACUGUCAACACUGUGACAAAUCUUUCACAACAUCUGGAACGUUAAAGCUUCAUCGGAGACUUCACACUGGAGAGAAUCUACACAGCUGUGAUCAAUGUGGGGCAGCUUUCACACUGAAGAGUAUCCUAAUGAUACACCAACGCAGUCACACUGGAGAGAAGCCGUACGGCUGUGAUCUAUGUGGUAAAACCUUUUCUAGGAGGGAUAGCCUAGUAAUCCACCGCCGUGUUUACACCGGAGAGAAACCAUACCGGUGUGAACAAUGUGGGAAAACCUUUACUAAUAAUAGUGGCUUUAAAUGUCACCAGCGCAGACACACUGGAGAGAAGCCGUACUGCUGUGAUCUUUGUGGUAAAGCCUUUACUCAAAGUUGUGACUUUAAAUCUCACCAGCGUGUUCACACCAGAGAGAAGCCGUACAGCUGUGUAUCCUGUGGGAAAAUGUUUUCUACGAGCAGUGCCCUUAAAACACAUAAACGCUUUCACAAUGGAGAGAAGCCAUACAGCUGUGAUAUAUGUGGUAAAAUGUUUAUUGCUAGCGGUAGUCUUAAAAUACACCGACGAGUUCAUACCGGAGAGAAGCCUUACUGGUGUGAACAAUGUAGGAAAACGUUUUCUCAGAGUAGUCACCUUAAAUCUCACCAACGGUUUUGUCUGAUAUUUCUCUUGGUCUUCUUGGAAAAUGUUUAA